UUUACCCAACUGUCGACAUGUCUGAAUUACCGGAUUGCAUGAAAGUUCUAAUCAAGGAAGAGGAGAAACCAUCGUAUAUGUACAAAGAAAUUCCUGUCCCACAACCAGGAAACGGCGAAUUGCUCGUGAAAGUUCUUAAAGUCUCUAUAUGUGGUUCUGAUAACAUAUUGUACCAGUGGGGCGAAGCUGCAAAGGCAAUAGCCACAUUACCUUUCAUUCCUGGCCAUGAGUGUGUUGGAGAGGUUGUGAAGGUUGGUCCUGAAUGUGAUGAAAAAUAUUUCAUUGGGCAGCGAAUUUGUUGCGAAAAUCACUUUUAUUGUGGAAAGUGCUAUCAGUGUUCACAUGACUUACGCCACAUUUGCCAGAACUUGAAUCAGUUUGGCCAUGGAAGAGGAACAAUCUAUGGAGGAUGUGCCCAGUAUACCAUUAUUCCAGCGCAAUACUGCUACCAGUUGAAAACAAACCUGGAUGUGGACAGGGCCUGCCUUUUGGAACCAUUUGGUGUGGCACAUCAAGCAAUGGAAGAAGUUUGUCCUGGAGGAGACACUGUACUGAUUCAAGGGUGUGGUCCUAUUGGCUUAAUAUCAGCUGGGAUUGCCAAGUGCAUGGGUGCUGUCAAAAUCAUUGCCACAGAUAUUGUAGAAGAAAGACUUCAAAAAGCAAAGCAAAUGGGUGCAGAUGUGCUAGUAAAUGGGAAGACAGAAAAUCUCAAAGAUAUCGUUAUGAGAGAAACUUCAGGUGAUGGAAUUGGUUGCCUUGUUGAGUGUUCGGGAGCAGCGCCAUUAGUAAACAGCUGUUUCUCCCUGUUGAGAAAAGGAGGAAGGGUUGUUCUUGUGGGACUUCUUAAGCAACCUCUUCAUGUAGAAAACUUUCUGCAAGAUAUUUUAUUCAAGUCUCUGACAUUAAAAACAAUUCAUGGAAGGAAGAUUUUCAGCACUUGGGAAAAAUCAGAAGAGUUGCUGUUUAACAACAAGGUUGAUGUAACUCCGGUCAUUACUCAUGAGGUACCAAUGAGCCAAUUUGAAAAAGUUUUAUCUUCUUGUCAAGGGUGGCACAGAAAUGAUUUUUUAGACUAUGCGGGCUUUUGACUUGCUCAAAUCUGGGAAAGGAUGUAAGAUUAUGGUUAAUCCACACGCCUAAAGAACUGGAAAGGCAA